ACUAGGAAAGGGAGGACGUGCGCGCGAGCAACAGAGCAACAGUUUCCAGGCGCUGCAGCAGCCUGUAGCGCGUAGUCAGAUAACUUCCAACCGCCUUACUUUUCGCUGAGUACUGUUGCUUGUCCUCCGUGUGAUGAAGUGAUCAUGGUGAUGAAAAAGUAAAGCGCGAGCUGGAUUUGUUAUUGGAGCACUAGUUUGUCUUAAGCUUGGAAACACAAAGACUGGUGAGGUGAGACAGAAAAGUUAAUGCCGGGGCCGGAUAUUUCACACCGCUAACACUGAACACACCGGCAUCAGUGAGAGCUGCCAGCGGUGGCGUGUGGCAGCGGCACCCACAUUCAGUGACUAGUGGUGGCGGCGGUGUUGGAAGCGUUGGUGCUUUAUAAGGCGUGCAGGACAAGCAUGACCGCCUUGGUGGCAGCGUGCAGGCGGGCGGCGCCAGAUGGGCUGCCAAGUGUACCUGGGCUGGGCGGGCUCGCACCCUGGCUGCUGCUGGCCGCGUGGACACAAGCGGCCGUCGCAAGGGUCAACGUGAAAUGGCCGAUGUCGACAGUGGACGCUGUGGACGGCACACCUGCCCACCUGCCGUGCAUGGCCGCCCACAGCAGACCCAGGGACGCUCCUGUCCUGGUGGUGUGGUACAGAGACGGCUCCCGCAGGCCUUUCUACAUACUGGACCUGCGGGAGGGUGAAGGGCGCAAGGAGAUGAUUGACCCCAGCAUGCGGACGCGCCUGAAGCCUGACCCGAGUGGCGCUCGCCUCACUCUUGAUCCAUCGCGAGGCUCUGACACCGCCACCUACAAGUGCAGGGUGGAUUUUGAAGUGUCCCCCACCCGCUCCACCCUCGUCACGCUCACUGUGUACGUGGUGCCGCAGCGACUGGUGCUCCUGGACAGUAGUUCUAAUCCUGUCCACGGUGGAGUGUUGAGGUCACUGAUCGAGGGUGACCCGCUGACCCUGUACUGCAUCGCAUCGGGGGGUCGGCCGCCGCCAGAGGUCACGUGGUGGAAAGGGACGCAGUUGUUGUCUAACCGAAGCGUGACGGUGGGCGAGGACGGCACACUGCUGGCGUCUCACGAGGAGGGCGACGAGCAGGUGCUGACGAUGGGCGUGGGUGUGGGGGUGCGCUACGUGCGGACGGUGCUCAACAUCCCCGCCCUCACCAGAGACUACGCCCGCGCCAACAUCACCUGCCGGGCUUCCAACAACAACAUCACUGAACCACUUCGUGCCUCCCUCUUCCUCGAGCUCUACACGCGCCCGACGUCAGUGGUGAUCAAAGCCCCGGCGGACCCGCUGGUGGAGGGUCGUAAGACGCGGCUGGAGUGUGUGGCGGCAGGGGCGUAUCCAUCCGCCGUCAUCUCUUGGGACAUGACCAUCGCUGGCCGCUCAAAGCUUCUAAAGUCCACGUCAUUGAGGCUGGGUGACGUCACCUCCUCGUGGCUGCCGCUUGUCCCCGAGGCGAGUGACCACGGCGCCACAUUGACUUGCCGACACAACCCCAACAUCCCAGGCCACGCCGCCACCACCUCUACCGUCCUCCAAAUCACGUUCGCUCCGCGCGUGACGCUCAAGCUUGGCUACAAUCUGGAUACCCGACCUGUGACAGAAGGCGAGGAUGUGUUCUUUGAGUGCGAGGUAGCCAGCAAUCCACCGCCACUUACCGUCACGUGGUACAAGGACGGGGAGGAAGUGAAGCACGACAUGAGGGCGGGCGUGCUAGUGUCCGGCAACAAUUUGGUGCUUCAGAUGGUGCGUCGAGUCUCCGCUGGGAACUACACGUGUGCCGCCACCAACACCCUCACCACCACCGCCAGUAACAGUGUGGUGCUGGAUAUCAAAUAUUUGCCGGUGUGUGUGGACGGGCCUCAGAGCGUGGUGGUGGCCGAGGGCGAGGACGUGCGUCUCACCUGCAGAGUGGACGCUAAGCCAGAGGACGACCUGCGGUUCACUUGGUAUUUCAACAACACACUGGACACCGUUGAAGUAGAGCGACACAGAGUCCAGGUCCGGCCAGGUCUCAGCUACCUCGAUUAUACCCCCAGGUCUUCGCGGGACUACGGGAGCCUGGCGUGCUGGGCGACCAACACCGUGGGCACGCAGGCCGACCCGUGCCAAUUCACCGUCCUGGAGGCAGGGCCGCCAGAGCGCGUGGAGAGCUGCGAUCUGGUCAACCUAACUGGAGGGACCCUGGAGGUGAAGUGCUCCCCUGGGCAUGACGGGGGCCUGCCGCAGUGGUUCAUCGGGCGGGUGUACGAUGCAGUCUCCCAUAAGCUGCUCGCUACUAUGGAGGAGACCACGCCGCGCUUCCAGAUGAGCGGCCUCACCCCCGGCCACGAUUACGUCAUCACCAUCACCGCCGUCAACAACAAGGGCACCAGUGAACCCCAGGAGAUCGAUGCGAUACGGCUCAAGGUGGCGGAGAAGCGGAUGGGUGAGGUGUCGUCUCCUGGAGUGUCGCCGCUGGUCGGGGUGUUUCUCGGCCUCGUGGGCGGCUUCGUCGGGCUCCUGCUGCUGGCCGUGUCCUUCACUCUCAUUCGCUCCUAUAGGUGUCGGUGUCUAGUAGCUGGGAGUGACGGGACGCGGGAGAAUGCGGGGGACGGCACCUCGUCUCACGCCCCCACCGCCAAGACCUCGCCAACCACACACCCGCUGGAUACACGACCAGGACCUGACGUAUUACUCUCCGCCAGCAGCCGCGCCUUGCCCCUCCCUUCUCACGGCGCCACGCCCAGAGCCCGGUUGGUGACCAGCUACUGCGGUGUUGACGCCAGGGGCUCAGGUGGCGAGGUGGUGACCAGCGGUGAAGGCGGCGAUGACGGGCAGCUGUCCUGGAGUAGACGCAUGUCAUCCUCCGUAUGAAGUGGCGGGCGCAGGAUGGCAACAAGCCAGUAUGAAGAAUUCCGCGAGCCAGCCCCGCGAGCCCGGGAAGGCAGCCUGGCAGAGCACCGCGCUCCCGCACGCCGCUGUGAGGCUGAGGGACCACCGCGACUGGCUGACACUGAGACACAGAGAGAGAGAGAGAGAGAGAGAGAGAGAGAGAGAGAGAGAGAGAGAGUCUUUCCUACGGUUGUCAACUCUUUGUCAGUGGAAGGAGAAAGUGAGUUAGCCAGUCAGAUUUUCAGUAUCACAGUUUCCAGAGCGUGCAUUUCCCUGCCGUGCAAACUCCGCCAUGCGACACCAAGACGAGCAGCUUUCUCCCAUCCCCCUCCUCCCUUGUAACUAUUCCUCCCAUCUUCCAUCUCUCUCUCUCUCUCUCUCUCUCUCUCUCUCUCUCUCUCUCUCUCUCUCUCUCCAUUCAUCCCAUCCACGCUCCUCUCACUCUCAAUAUCCCCAGUGUUCUUUGCGGUGAACAGAGAAGAGAAGCACUCUUAUCAGAUCUCAGUGAUUGCAUAUUUUGGAAGCUCUCUGUGCCAGUAUGAGAGAAUUACCAUUAUGUGAGCACUAGAAGUUACAUCAGCUGAUGAAGUGAAAACUUUCGGUGACACUUAGUGGUAUCGAAGUGUCUAGUGAGAACGUGCGGGUGGAGAGAAGUGCCCCAGUGCGCGGGGAUGCCUUACGUCUAUCAGCUGCGUGGUGCCACGAAGGGUACAGCAAGGCCGCAGCUGCACCUUCGCCAAACUGCAAAGAGAAGUACUAGUUUGCUCCCAGAACCAAGAGAUUUCCAAUAUAUUUUGAUGUAUAAGGAUGUAUUCCUCUUUCUCUUCUUCCUCCUGCUCUACUUAUCCGUUGUGUUCGUUCCUUGCCCCAGCCCUUACAAAUGGUACAAAUCCUGAGCACGACUCUCCACAUAUCACGGGCAGGUGUCGCCUCACGCCUCACUUCCCAGCAGCAGUGAGCGUGUUGCCGUAAUGCUGGUUCUUCCGGGUGAUCCUUGACCUUUCUACUUUAUAACGCGUCGUCUGCUUCAAGCGGCGGCGCGCUGGCCGGCCAAGCCACAUGCUUGGUGCCCGCGUCGAUCCACAGACUUAACUUGCAGGCCUCCAGGGAUUGAGUGUUCAGCGGGAUAGGUGUUCAGGCCAGAGCGUCAUGUAUUUAUAUGUGUCCCAUAAGCACUUGCAGUAAAAGACGCUGAAGUUAAUAGUGUUUCAAUGGUUCAUCCUCCGGCUUCGCUAUCCGUAUGCUACAAAACAAUUGUUAUGUGCAAAGGGGAAGAAAUAUUACUGUAGGACGAGUAAAGCUUUCAAAUUGGUAUGUUUUCCUUACACAUGAAAUAAAGUGGACAGUAGCAGAGACGAAAGAGUAGGUGCAUUGUUUUGUUCCCUGUGCUGUGCUCUCCGCUCUCUUCUACAGGUACCAGAGGGACACUGGAGGGGAGGAGGGCUUAGGAAGCGGUACAAAGCGGAAGAGGUCACAAGAGGAAGAAAGAACGGAAGGUACAAAUUGAGGAACCACUGUGUGGGUCGACGCAGCUGCCGCGACAACGUGGAAUGUUCACCGCGGGCAGAGCGAUUGCAGGACGAUGCCGGGGCUUCCACGGCUUCCACGGCAGGGAAAGCAAGUGUCGGAAGAAUGAGUGUACCCAAACAAGGACGGAGGAGUGGAAAGGAGUGAGGCAUUGGGCCUAUUAUGUUCUUAUACAGUGUGAAGGUCAUGCCACUACUGAAGCGAGCAUCACACCAGCGUGGUUUGUCAACUUACUCCACCCCGCUGCAGGAGACUGGAACUGCCACUACUGAAGGGAGCGCACACCGUGUCCUGCCAACACCACACUGCUGAAGGAGACUGGUACACACAACCGCGUGUCCUGUCAACAUUCCACACUGCUGCAGGAGACUGGUGCUGCCACUACUGAAGGGAGCACACACCCGCGUGUCCUGCCAAUAUUCCACCCUGCUGCAGGAGACUGAUGCUGCCACUACGGAAGGAAGGAACACACCAAGGUGUCCUGCCAUCACUCCACACUGCUGCAGGAGCCUCGUUCUGCCACAAGUCAGAGCACACAGCAUGGUGUCCUGCCAACACACAUACUGCUGCAGGAGAGAUUUAGAUGCCGUUUUCUGCCUAGGUUAAUGCUCGAGGGAGGGAGGGGACUUACGCUUUGUGGCUAACUCUCCACCGUCAACACGUGAUAUACAAGAAGGAAGACCUCUGCUUGUUCUAAUACAUGUUACCAACCUUUGUUAUUCGUUGUUUAUUGUUCCAGUUUUUUAAAAGAAUUAUAAUAAAAGUUGUGACUAAG